AUGAUAGACUAUUUAUCUAGAGUAGAAAAAUUCUUCUGGGAUACUUAUGAAAAUGAAGAAUUAAUAAACAAUGGAUCAAAUGUCUCGAUUCUUGAUCAAACUCUUAGGUUACUAGAUCUUGUUGAAUCCAAAGGAAAGGAUACAAUAAACUUAGAAAUCUCUACAUCUGAGGAACUUAAACAACUUUUACAUUUUGACGAAACGAUUAACGUCAUAAAAGAAACAUCUGACAAAGAAACUUAUGUAUAUAUUUCAGAAGAAGAAGUAGAAUCUCUUUCUUCUAAUAUAGAGCCUAACUUCAGGAUGAAUAAUACCCAACCACAAUUCGAUCAACCAGGAGAAUAUUCUUUUCAAGGUGAAAGAAGAAAAAUACCUAAAACUGAACAAGGUCAUAGAACUGGCUCUAUGCUAGAUUUUUCCACUGGAAAUCCAAACCAGUUCGGAACAAACAUUCUCAAUAUUGACAACAUUGAACAAAUACAAAAGAAGUUAUCAACAAAUGGACUUCGUAAAUAA